CCAAGUCCUCUCCUGUGCUCAGGGGGGUGGCUCUGAGCCUGCCUGUGCUAUGGAAGCUGGUCUGGAUGAUCCACCAGAGACCUGCUCCCUGCUUGCCCUCACCUGUGCAGGUGAAAGGGAGGCUGCUCAUGAGGGCAGGCUGGAAAAACAAGGCUGGGAAUGUGAGCAAGAUAGCACAUGGGCCUGGUACAGAGAUAAGGCUUGGGCUGGGAAAACUGAAACUGAACUGAGUGACAACGAGGGGAAGGUUUGCAGUGCCCAGGCACCACACUGGCCUCUGGGCAGGAGGCUCCACCUGCCACCCGAGCAGGGACAGGUGGCCCACGUGCCAUCUUAAUUGUAUUUCAGGGUGCUGGUGUGCACAGGUGUUGUAAGGAAGUUCACAGGAAAAGGUGUGGUGGGUGUGCAUGGGGACAUGGCAGAGAGCAGCAGCUGUGGUUUAAAAGAUGCAAGGGAAGAACAUGGUGCUGGCGUGUGUCACAGCCUUGCCAGGGCACAGGGAGGUGACAGUGGGUGCCUCUCUGCUGGUUCCCAGGCAGGAGCUCUGCACAGGUCUCUGUGCCAGGGGGACUGCCAUGCUCAGCUCGGGGAGAGCUGGCAUCCUCAGCCGUGGCAGAGCUGAGGAUGCCUGGAAGUUCCCUCAAAAGGCAACAAAGGAGUGAAAAUCCAAUUGCACAUGGCUGUGUGCCCAGCAAACGCGUUCAUGGAAAUGCACAUUGCUCCGAUCCCUGUCGCCUCCUGAGUCUCCCUGUGCUGUCACUGCAGCAUUCAUUUCAUCCUCUCCGGAGUGUCCCACCGUGCCUCUCAGCCCUGCCUCCCCACGGGGAGCAGCCCCAGCCUCUCCGCAGCGUGUGACAGGGGACAGCCACCGGGUGUCACUUGAGGAGCGCGUCUGGCCGGGAGCCCUGCCCCGCCUCUGGGCACAGCGCCUCCUCCGCCUCCUCCUCCUCCUCCUCCUCCUCCUCCGCCAGUUUCUAUUUCCCCGGCGCGGGCAGGAUGGCAUCGCCCAUGUCGCAGAAGCUGGAGGAGAAGCUGGUGUGCUCCAUCUGCCUGGAGCUGUUCAGGGUGCCCGUGACCUUGCCCUGCGGCCACAACUUCUGCAAGCGCUGCAUCGGCGACCACUGGGACCAGCAAAGUCAGGCCGGGACCGCCGCCAGCUGCACCUGCCCCGAGUGCCGCCGCGCCUUCCAGCGGCGCCCGCAGCUGGAGAAGAAUGUCACCCUGCACAGCGUGGUGGAGCUGGCCCGGGACAGCGAGGAGCGCGGCUCGGCCGCGGGCCGGGGCGAGGCGGCCCCGGCCGGGCUGUGCCGGCAGCACGGGCGGCCCCUGGAGCUGUUCUGCCAGGACGAGCGGCGCUGCAUCUGCUGCGUCUGCACCGUGCGGGACUGCCGCCGGCACCGCAGGGUGCUCUUCGAGGAGGAGCGAGCCAAGAAGCAGACCUUUUUGAAUGAAUCCCUGGAAAAAGCCCAGGAGGAAUCAGAGAGGAUUGAGCUGGCAAUGAAGGAGCUGGAGUUGCAGACAGAGAGCAUCAAGGACUGCUCCGAGCUCAAAGAUGGGAUUCAGAGCAAAUUCACCCACCUGAAGCAAGCUCUGGAGGAUUUCAGGUGUCAGACAAUGGCCAGGAUUGAGCAGGAGCAGAGCGCAGCACUGGAGCAUGUGGACAAGAACUGGAACCUGUGCAAGGACCGCCUGGACGCCCUUGGCCAGCACAGGGACAGGGUUCAGAGCCUGCUGGCCUGCCCUGACCACAGGGCCUUCCUGCAGGAGUUCCCCCUGCUCCCACCCCUGGAGAGCCCAGAGGCGCUGGUGCCCGUGGAGUUUGAUGUGGCUGCUGUGAUCAAGCCCAUCUCUGAGAUCCUCACCAGCAUCUCCAGGCUCCUGCUGGAGGACCUGCCUGCCUCUGUGGCCCCCAAAGCCCCCAGCCCUGCUGGCCAAGGCCCAGUGCAUCCCCAGGAGCUGGCAGUGAAGGCUGUGGCCCCUCUCCCCAAGUGCCAGCUCCGAGCUGAGCUUCUGAAGGACCACCGCAACCUGACCUUCGACCCCGAGACAGCCAACAAGUACCUGGAGCUGUCCAAAGGUGCCCACAAGGCCAAGCACAGCCCUGACACCAUUCCUGGCAAGGGGCAGGGCCCCCGCUUCGAGCCCUGGCAGGUGCUGUGCACGCAGAGCUACGGCCCCGGCCGCCACUACUGGGAGGUGAAGAUCUCCAGCCACUCUGUCAUCCUGGGGGUCACCUACCGGGGGCUCCCCCAGGAGCAGCAGCAGGGCCACAGGUUCAACAUCGGCCUGGACGGGGGCUCCUGGGGGCUGCAGGUGCUCGAGGAUUGUUACCUGGCCUGGCACAAGGGCCGCGCCCAGAAAAUCCACGAGCAGCUCUAUACAAACCUGGGGGUCAGCCUGGAUUAUGGCAAGGGGCUCCUCUCCUUCUAUGGCCUCGGGGAGAAGACAAAGCUCAUCCACUCCUUCCACAGCGUGUUCACUGAGCCCCUGUACCCCGUGUUUUGGCUGUGUGAGAGGCGAGCGGUGACGCUGUGCCAGAGGCGGGGCCGGGGCCGCUCGGGGCGUUCAGGGAUGGAUGCAGCGCCCGGGAGCGCCCCGUCGUCCUCCGCCGCGGCGCUGCGGCUGGCGCUGUCGGCUCCGGGGCUGCCCGAGGGUCCCCUGGGCUGCCCCAUCUGCCUGGACGUGCUGCGGGACCCGGUGACGGUGCCGUGCGGGCACAACUUCUGCCAGGGCUGCUUGCAGGCGCUCCGCCAGCAGCCAGGCCCCCCCGACGGCGGCGGGGCGGGCGGGGCCGCCCGCUGCCCGCUGUGCCAGGAGCCCGUCCCCGCGGCCCUGCGCCUCUGCAAGAACCGCGCCCUGUGCGAGCUCCUGCCGCUGCUGGCCGCCGCCGCCGGCGCCUCGUCCCCGCCGCCCUCGACGUCCCCGAUGGCGCCGGGAGCCGAGGAGGAGGACGCGGCGGGGGAGGAAGGAGCGGCGGUGCUGUGCGACGUGUGCCCGCCCGGGUCCCGCGCGGCGGCCGAGCGGUCGUGCCUGGUGUGCCUGGCGUCCUUCUGCGGGCCGCACCUGGAGCCGCACCGGCGGGCCCCGGCCUUCCGAGCGCACCGGCUGGUGGCCCCGCUGCGCCGGCUGGAGGAGGGGCUGUGCCCCCGCCACCUGCAGCCCCUCGACGGCUUCUGCCGCGCCGAGCAGAGCUGCGUGUGCGCCCGCUGCCGCGCCCACGAGCACCGCGGCCACGACGUGGUGCCCCUGGAGCAGGAGCGGGAGCACAAGCAGGCCCAGCAAGCCAAAUUCCUCAGCGAUGUGGAGAAUGAGCUGGAGGAGCUGGCAGUCACCAUCACCCAGGCCAAGAAGAUGGUGGAGCUCAUUAAGGGUGCUGCCACAAAGGAGAGGGAGAGGGUGGAGAAGCUCUUUGCAGAGGCCUCUGAGGUGCUGGCAGCCUUCCAGAAGGAGGUGACGGGAUUCAUCGAGGACGGGGAGCGCUCCAUGCUGGCCGAGGCCGAGGCCGAUCUGCGCUGGAAGGAGCAGAGACGAGCCAAGCUGGCACAGUGCAAGCAGAGCCUGGAGAGCGUGCCCAGCACCGACACCAUCUACUUCCUCCAGGAAUUUCAGGCCUUGAAAGCAGCCAUGGAAGAAAAGCUCUCUCCACCUUUGAGCUUCCAGAAGGAGCUGAACUUCACCAAGUGCACCCAGGCUGUGAGUGCCAUGAAGGAUGUGCUGUCCACUGCCUGCAAAAACCAGUGGAACCACUUGCAGGGGAAAGGAAUUGAUGGAUUGAAUUGCCAGGAGAUGGAGGAAGCGCUGGCUGAAUCCCGAUUUCCAGACAAGUCAAACAACCCUGCCUGCCUGGAGAACCGUGAUUAUUUCCUGAAAUUUGCCUUCAUCAUCGACCUGGACAGUGACACAGCCGACAAGUUCAUCCAGCUGUUUGGCACCAAGGGGGCCAAGCGGGUGCUGUGCCCCAUCCCCUACCCGGAGAGCCCCACGCGCUUCAUCAACUGCGAGCAGGUGCUGGGUUUGAACCUCAUGAACAGGGGCAACUACUACUGGGAGGUGGAGCUGAUCGACGGCUGGGUGAGCAUCGGGGUCAUCGCCGAGGACUUCGACCCGCGGGAGGCCUACAACCACGGCCGCCUGGGCAGGAACGACAGGUCCUGCUGCCUGCAGUGGAACGGCCAGAACUACGUGGCCUGGUUUGGUGGCUUCGAGUGCCCCAUCCAGCAGCCCUUCUUCCACACCAUCGGCGUCUUCCUGGAGUAUUCGGAGAAGGCUUUGACCUUCUACGGGGUCAAGGACUCCAAAAUGACCUGCCUGCAGCAGCUCAAGGUCUCCCCUUCUGCCAAGGGGAAGCUCGACCCGUUCCAGAACAAGAUCAACCGCCAGUUUGCCUCUCUUUUCUCGUGCAAGCUGAAGCCAGCCUUCUUCCUGGAGAGCGUGGAUGCCCACCUGCAGAUCGGGCCGCUGAAGAAGGACUGCGUGUCCGUGCUGAAGCGCCGGUGACUGCCCGGGCAGAGGGGCAUGACAGACCCUCAGAAGGCUCUCCUGCCACCUCUCCUUGGUAGCCCUGUGUGUGUCUGUGGCAGCCCUCCCUCCUCUCUGCACUGCUGGGGACCCAGGGAUGGAUGAGGCUGGGUCUGAGUGCCAGCUCUGCUGCUGGGUGAGCUCGGGCCAGUCCCUGUGCUGCUCCCUGCCCCUCAGCUUCCCUUUCUGGACAUCAGGGACUGCCACAGCCUUUCUUGGUAAAGCGUGCUGCUCAGAAGUGCCACAUGGAUUUGGAGCUGUGCCUUGGCCACCUGCCCAGUCCCUCUGCUUCACCUCUGCUCACUCUGCCCCGGCGACUUGUGCCGAUGCUUUGUGCCUUAUCUCAGGCUCUGUUCCUGAAGCUUUUUUAAGUUGACACCUUCUGCAUGCUCCUCACAAAGUGCCUUUGAUGGAGCAAGCCCUGUGUGGACAGGUGAGCCCCCAAGGCAGGCGUGGUCACUUCCCAUCCCCUCUGUGCCCUGGCAUGGAUGAGGUGGUGCCCCAGGGAGAGGGAUGUGGAGGAGCCUGGCUGGCUGCUGGGGUGAUGCUGGAGUGAUGCAGCCCCUCUCCUUGCCCACCCAUUAGGGCUGCAAUGUGAAAAAAGGAUCUCUGCCCAGCUGGGAAAGGGAGAAACCUCCUGCUGAGAAGCAGCACAACUGUUCCCAGCUGGAGAUGGGGAAGGGAGCAGCACAAGCCAAGUUUUGAGGAUGUGCUUUAAGUAAACACAUUCUUUGGUAACUCCUAGCAAAGCUUUGCAGCCAAAUUUCCCCCCAUAUUUUUGAUGGCACUGUUGUUGUGUGGGGUUUUAGUACUGUUAAAUGACCAACACUUCAAGAACCCUGGGCAAGAACCCUGAACCCUCUUCAAGAACUUGAGCUGAAAAUCUGCCCCUUAGCUUAGGGAUUUUUAAGUGACAGAGGUGCUGUGAAUAUGUCCCAGAGAUAAAUGGUCUGGUUUAGUGUUCUAGGACAGCUGUGCCUCCAUAAAGGUGCAGCAUCAGUCAGCUACUAAAUGACCCUGUAGACUCUGGGAAUAAGUAACAAUUAACAAAAACUACCCUCAAGCGAGGGGGAACACUGUUCCCUUCAGGAAAGGUGGAAACUCGAGGCUGAGAGACAAAACUGCCAGUUCACAUGUCCCGAGGGAGCUUUUUCAGAAGGAAAACAGAGAAAUGCUGCCUGUGAGAGCAGCACAGAGCAGCCCCUGUCUCAGCACAGCCUGCCUUUCCACAAGUUUAUUUUUUUGGGGGUUAUUUUGCUACCUACCUCCCAAAGCCUGCUUUACAGAACCAUGGUGCUGGGUAAUGUACACCUGGAGAGAAAAUACAGAGGGUCAGGUUCUUCACUGGCAUGAGUGAGUCAGGGAUGAUGCAACAACCAGCAGGAAUAAUAAACAGCCCAUUCAGCUAAAUAGAUGAAAUAUACAUAUAUUUUCCCCAAAGGAUAAGCUGGAAAUCAUACUGCUAUAUUCAAGUGGAGCCAAGGGAAAAAUGUGAAUAAAAGGCAGGCACAAAGCUGGCAGGUUUGAAGUUAAAGCCACGUUUACACGCUGAGGCUCAAAGAGCUCCUUUACUGUGACUCCUUUGGCAGCACUGCCAGUUUCUGGUGGUGCAGAAAGAGCUGCCAGUGCCCUGAAAAUUGGGAUAUUUUAGUGGAUCAAGGGUCUGAAUGCAGCCACCCCUUCCCUGGGGCAAGGCUGGUGAGUCAGUUUGGGAAGGGGCUUGCUGGGAUCUGUCUGCAAAUUCCUCCUCCUCCUCCCCUGCAUGAGGUUUCUCCUAAACUGCUGCAAGCAGUGGGAAAAGGAACAGUAGGGCUUCCAGAAUGAAAUCUUCAGCUGAAAUCUUGGCCUUUCCUGGCUGCUGGGAAAGCUGCCCAGACUUCUGUCCGGAUGGGAAUUCAUUCCCUGCGUCCUGAGCUCCAAACCCUCUUUGUUUGGCUGGCGCCUGCGGAGCCCAGCCCUUGCACGAGAUGUCAGCGGUGACACAGAGCAGGUACAGGGGCAGAACGUGGUGUCAGGAGCUCCUGGAGGAAUGGGAGAGGCAGAGCUGUGCCACAGCACGGUCACACCCCGGCAGGACAGGGCAGGGAAGGAGCCUCCAUCUCUGCAGGAAGAGAUCUCCCACGUGGGCCCACGUCUGCGCCCUAAAUCUCAUUUAUCCAGGCUGAACUCCCACAGUUUGCAGCCAGGAGUAUUGCCAGAGUAAACACAGCAGAUCUGGGGCUUUGCCCUGCUUGGUUUCGCUGUAGGUGGAUUGAUUGCUCCGAGGGGAAACCCACGCUGGAGCCACUCAUCCCACCCUUCUCCACUUCCCCAACGCACAGACAAAACCCCUGACCUCCUUCAGGGCUCGGGGGGCUCAGAGGGAUCCUCUCUUCCCAUCCUGCCACCACGUGGGAGCAGCUCAGGAGGCCCCUGGGCUGUCUGGCCAUGGUGUGGGCUUGUGCUGCAGCUUUGUUGGGAUUCAUGGAUGCAGCUCCACGGAGCUCCUGUGCAUGUGCCACAGCUGGGAAGUGCUGCCCAAGCCUCUCCUUCCUGCUGCUUGCUUUCAUCCUGGUGGGAGUGCUAAAACCCCUCCUGCUUUAGGAUGGUUUAAGAUAGGAGCAAUCCCCUCAGGAGCUGGGUCAGAGUUUGCCCUGUGCUGCCAGGAGUUUGUAAACUGGAACAACCAGGGAGUGUGCACUGUGCCAGCUCUGGAUCCCUGAUUUUGCUGUAAACAAAGGGUUAAAAGCAAGGUGAGAUGGGCUGAGAUGGGUUGAUGGCAAUUUAAGCAGCCUUUCCUUGUUCCCUUGGGUUAUUUCUGCUGUCACAGAGUGUUCCUCUUUUUAAUUAGGAUUUUUUAAAUACAGUAACUGUAGGGUGUUUUACAGUGUGUGAAAAAACUGUAACAGAAUAAUGUAAUGGUGUUAGAGACUAUGAUUUGAACAUUAAAUAUGAUACAGUCAUUGC